AUGGAGACACCGCAGCUUAUCCAUCGUAAACCAAAGGCGCUGCCACGGCUCACUGUUGAGCGCGAGGAUAUUGAUGACGCCUUUGCCACUGUGCCGGUCGAGCAAAUGAGCGCUCGCAGCGUGUUCCUGCUUACUAUGGCUGUCACCUCCUUCGCCGCCUUUACGCUCUUUGCGCUGGGAGAGUUCACCCACCACCACCCGAGAUUCCUGUUGGCCAACGUCUUGCAAGGCGAAACCCACGCCGUGGCACAGUGGGCGUUGCUACUGGCCGUACCUGCCACCAGUGCCGCCGCGUGGUGCCCGAUCUCCAUCUCGCACGCACCGAUUGGCGUGUUACGUAUCACAUCAGCAGUGCCACCGCUGUCGCCUGACUCACCCGCACUGUCACUAUUAAUUACGCCGUCGCUGCUCGAAAAGUUUGCUCGGCUUUAUCGUCGCAAUCACAUGUUUGCCAUCUACCAGAGCGUGGGCUGGACGCUCUACGGACUGUUCGUACUACUGCAGCUCAUUUGCUUUGGAUCUGAUAGCGUACGCGACUUACCGUUCUGUAGACCCGGCAGCCGCUCUGUGCAAUCGGUAACAACAUUCAUCGCCGAGGUACUGAUGAUUUCAUCUGUGUUGACGCUAGAAAAGCGCCGGGAUCGCAAUUGCCAACGAAGAAAAGACCGGUUCGUGGUGCAGCUUAACAACUUCAACAAUAUGUUAUUGCUGGUAGGCGCUACUUUGCUUGCUUUGGCGUCCGAGUACACUCGCGUAUUCCCGCACCCUUUGGGUACUAGUGUGGGGUACCCUAUGGCGACAGGUCUGGGUUCGUUAGCUCUGUUCGUCACAGCGCUGUUCAACACAUAUGGACUAGGUGGUGUAUUGUCGACAAAGGACGGCUGGAAUUUCUAUCAGCCAUUUAUGGGUGGCGCGCGUUUCGUGUUUUUUCAGAUUGUAUCAUGGACGUGCUUUGGCGCUGGCGCGGCGCUGCAGGUGUUGUAUCUGCUUUCGUUAGUCGUCGUGGAGUUGGAGCUAUUUGUGGGUGCAAUGGCUGUAGCAGGGUCGCUGUUUGUAGUGGCGGAGAUUGGCAUGAUGAUGUCGUUGCUGGUGUUCAGGAAGGGUGGAAAAUCACCAAAGACGUCGAUUACUACUUCAUCUGAGACUACCUCUUUUGGUGACGACACAAGAAAAGAGUCCAAUAUUACACCUAAAAAGAAGGCUAACGAAACGAUUGUGCCAGCUUCAUUGUCAUUCCACGCGUACUUUAUCAGUUUGCAUGCUCGUUUGCGGGAAUUUGCCGAUGAGUGUCUUGGAGUUCUUGUUGUCGGAGGGCUGGCUAAUAUUCAGUUUCUUCCAAACGCCUUUUGUUUCGUCUUUUUCGCUGCUACUACAAAUUUGAGCCCUGCUGGUGUUGCCUUCUACGGCAUGAUGGUGGUAUGUGUGGAGUUUUUUAUAGUAAUGUCUCGCUCAGUCGCAACUCACUUGUAUUUAAAAGACUCGCGCAAUGGCAUGCUGAAGGAAGUGAAUCGUUACCAUGUGAAAUAUGUGCUACCCCAGAUCAUUGCCGCUUGCCUUCCGGCUGUAGUCACGUACCGCCACUACAUUUACGACAUGGACGCUUUUGUGCCAGUAGCGAUCCUCACUCUCUUUAUCUACGUGUACGAACUCACGUACCGUGGUAACCCGCAGCAAACGGGCUGCCGUGAGCGUGCUAACUGGAUUGCCGGUCGCAGCUUUCUUGUCGACACGGUCAAGAGCUAUUUUAGCGGUAACAUAAUCCGGAUGGCUCCCUUGGAUCCCAAGAAGCAAUACGUCUUGAGCUUCCACCCUCACGGCAUCAUGCCUAUUUCGAUAAUGUGGCUCCAAUUCACGGCGCAAUGGAGAACACUGUUCCCUAACUUUUAUGCGCACAUCUUGACGGCGAGUAUCCUACAUCAAAUUCCACUUGCCCGAGACUUGCUUCAUUUUUAUGGUUCACGUGAAGUCACUCGACAGGCUUUUUCCCAUGCACUGCAGCAAAAAAAGAGUGUACUGCUUGUACCUGGCGGUCAAGCUGAGAUGUUGCAGCAACAGUCAGCAAAAAAGAGUUUCAAGGAAGGUGAGAUGAUGGAUAACGUUCAGGCGCCUAUGCUACAACGUUGGUUUGUCAAGAAACUUGCGUUCCCGUUUCCCUACUUUCCAUACGGCCGUGCACUACUGCCGAUCCCUCGCAAGGUCCAUAUUCCAAUUGUAGUUGGAGAGCCUCUUGAGGUGCCACAUAUUGAGAAGCCUACACAGGAUGACAUUGAUAAGGUCCACGGUCAGUAUUUUUCCGUGCUUCAAAACAUGUUUGACAAGUACAAGGAUGAGGUCGGUUGUGGUGAUUACAAGCUUGUCCUAAUCUCGUAA